AGAAACGCAGGAACGGUUGAGGGACCUGAGUGAAGAUGAAGAUAAUCAAAGAUGGCUUUUUGUCACUGAAGAUGAUAUCAAGAGCUUACCUUGUUUCCAGAAUAAAACAUUGAUAGCAAUCAAAGCUCCACAUGGCACCACUUUAGAAGUCCCAGAUCCUGAUGACGCUGUUGAUUAUCCACAAAGAAGAUACAGAAUAGCAUUACGGAGCACCAUGGGCCCCAUAGAUGUUUACCUUGUCAGUCAAUUUGAGGAGAAGUUUGAAGAGAUAAAUGCAAUUGAGGCAACUCCAAGCGUGCCUUCAACGUCUGGUUUGAAUGAGAAUGCAACUAUGACAUUGGCUACUGAGGAGAACAGAGAAGUUGAUAUUGGGAUGGAUGAAAAAGAAAAUCAAGGAGUGGGCUCAGACGUAGGUACUUCAGAAGACUUAAUGACUGGAAUCAUGAAGAUUGUUCCAGAUGUUGAUAAUGAAGCAGAUUACUGGCUUUUGUCAGACGCUGAUGUUAGCAUCACUGACAUGUGGAGGACAGAAUCUGCUAUUGAUUGGAACGAGUUGGAUGUAAUACAAGAGGAUUUCUCAAUCGCUAAUGUCAGUACGCCACGAUCCGAAACUCCACCAACCAAUACAACUGAAGUACCUUCUGCAGCUAAUACUACCGGGUUCUGAAUGGUAUUUGCUGGUGUUUAUGUGGAUGCCGUGGCUUAGUUUUCUCAAAGAUGAAUGUUCCAUCAGCAAGAUGAUGCUUGUUCUAGUUCUAAUAAGAGCUUCUCAAUUCGAUUAAAUCCUCUGUACAGGCCAUUUUAACUCUUAUAGGAAAGAACAAGUGCAGCCAGGAGCUUUUUCAUUUGAGGAUCAAGAAAUUGCAAGACUCAGGCCGAUUGUUCAUUGUAUAGCUGAUGCACUUAGAUUGCACUUGUAAUGACAAUACUCAGUAGGUUAAGCUGUACAAAUCUUGCCUUGUGUAUUAUCUAACUUAUGGCUUUCUUCUUAGCUCUAACAAUAUUAUUAGGUGGAUUGUAAUGUAUUGACUUAGCUUAUUCUUAUACUUGGACAAGUUUAAUCUUAACUCCCUGGUUAUAUA